AUGCGUCGAGGUGGUGAGAUCACAGGCUUUGAUCAAGUUGCCAGGCCGUACCUCCUUCGAUACACUGGAGCCAAGGAACUCAACAGCAGUGAAGAACUUACCGACGCUCUCCAAAACGUCAUCCUACAGCAUGCAGAUAUCCGCACCUUCGUCCGACAUUAUGAGGUGAAUGUCGAUGUUGACGUUCAGGGCAUUAUCCGCAAGACGGGUUCUCAAACGCAGUUUGUGCGGUUUGCGUGCUCGUUGAGUGCUUCGAUUGACCCGAAUCAACCGUAUAAGCUCUCUUCCAAAGAAUCCAAGUCUCUCAAUGAGCUCCCUGUGGUUCGUGCAUGA